AUGCAAAUGCAAGACGAGGACCCCCAUCAAGCUCAGUCGAUGAGCAUGGGCGGCAUGACGAUGGUCUUCUUCAGCUCGCAAUCCACGCCGCUCUUCUCGCGGGCCUGGACGCCAUCCAGCCCCGAAGCAUAUGCCGGCACUUGCAUAUUCAUCUUCCUGCUCACCAUCACCCAAUACCUCCUCAUCGCUGCCCGAAACGUUGUUUUUGAGGAGUUUGACGAUCAGAUGACCGCCACCUCCUGGAAGACCUUGCAGGAACACAAGACCCAGGCAGCCGCCCCAACCAAGGACGACGAGGAAAAUCGAUGCCUGAGCCGUCACGAGACUGUCACCAGCUGCUUUCUCUCAGUUUCCACUGCUGUGAUGGAACAGCAGCGGCGCAGAUCUCGAACGAGCAUUGUCACGGCGCGCGCUGCUACUGAAGUUGUCAUUAGCGCAACGGGUUACUUGGUGUAA